CGAAGAUAAUAAUAAUAGAUCUCAAUAGCGUACGAAAAAAUUCGAUUUUUAACUAGUGAGUGAAGUGAUAAUUAAGACUGAUAAGGAUAUGAAUUCGAUAGAUGGAUUAUUAAAGGGAAACGCGUGAAAUGUCAGGAGAUAAUUAGAGAGACAGCGAUGCUGUCGUAUAUGGUGCCAGUGGAGCAGAAGCCGCCGGUGGCGCCGGUAGCGCCGUCAGGCAAGUCGCGGCUGGCGUUGGAGCUGGCGGCGGCGCCCGGCAGCCCCGAGUCGGCGGCGCGGCGCGCGCUUAAGACCGCCAUCUCCAAGGACUCGUCCACCAGCUCGUUCGCCAGCGACCUCACGUUGUCCUCCUCCACGCCCACGGGUGCGCACGACAAGCCCAAACACAAGCUGCUCUCCAAUGGCACCAAACACACCUCUUUGAAGCGGGUCUCAUUCGGGAGUUCUAAGGGGUCUAUGGUGGAGACUCUGAUCUACGAGAGCCCCCUUCAAGAGGAGCCCGAGUGCAGUCCCCCGCCAAAGUUGCAGGAGACUGCGUUUCCUUACACCCCCGUGGAGGACGAUUCGGAGCGCGCCAAGGUCCGCGUUUCGUUCUACCAGGGCGCGCGCCCGCAGUGCCUGUCCCCGCCGCCGCCCGCCUCGCACGAGUUGUACGCGGCCCUGCUCGCGGCACACACCGACAUGGCGGACCACGCCGCCUACAACCGACAGAUCAGCACGGAGAGCGGUUGGGACAACCCGUUCCGGCCGGACGGCGACUUGAGCCGCGAGGCGGACGAGAUCGUGUCGCUGAUCAAGGGCGGGAAGCCCAUCACGCCCACACCCACUGCGCUGCCGCAGCUCGCGCCGUGCGAGGAGGAGGAGAAGCAGCACGCUAACAACCUCAGCGCAAAGCCCUCUUCGCCCCAGACGAAAGUAUCGAGUCCGGUGGUUUCGAGCACCCCGAAGGCGAACGGCACUAAGAACGGCGCGGCGGGCGAGCCGCGCGUGGGCGCCGUGGAGGUGAGCCGCGCGCCGCCGCCCGAGGCACAGCAGCCCGAGCACGUCACCAUCAAGAAGAAGCCCAAGUGCAAGUGCUGCGUGCUGCAGUAACCGCGCCCCGCGCCCCGCGACCCGCGCCCCGCGCCCCGCGCCCCGCGCCCCGCGCCCCG